AUGGACGAGGAGAUGAAGAGCGAGGUGGAGCCGGCAGUAGCGUUGACGACGCAGCCAAGCGAGGAGAAGCGCUUUGAGAUCAAGAAGUGGAAUGCCGUGGCUCUCUGGUCAUGGGAUAUUGUGGUGGACAACUGCGCGAUUUGCCGCAAUCACAUUAUGGACUUGUGCAUUGAAUGCCAGGCCAAUCAGGCGUCUGCUACCAGCGAGGAGUGCACAGUGGCCUGGGGCGUUUGCAAUCACGCCUUUCAUUUCCACUGCAUCUCACGGUGGCUCAAGACCCGCCAGGUGUGUCCAUUAGACAACCGUGAGUGGGAAUUCCAGAAGUACGGAAGAUAA